AUGCGGGACCGCGGCGCCACCGUUGCCGUCGUGGAGGCGUCGACAGAGGCGCUCUCGGGCGGCUGGAUGGAGUACGUCAAUGUGGACGUGGCCGUCUGGACGUGCUUUGAGGACGAGCCGCGCCAUGCAGCGCUGCACGGCGGCACAGAGGCCUACCUCAAGACGAAGCUGGCGCUGUUUGAGUCGCUGCACGACCCGGAGCAGCAGCGCGCCGUCGUCAACAUCGACGACGCCGCGGCCAAGCGCGUGUUGGAGGUGACGACCGUGCCCACAGUCACCUACAGCGUCCGAGACCGCCGCGCCGACGUGUGGGCGGAGAGCGUCCAGCUCACGUCCUGGGAGACGGAGGUGAUUGUGCGCGUGCCAGGGGGCCGGCGGCUUCAGAUCGUUUCAUCCCUUGUGGGGCGCCACAACGUGUAUAACAUCCUUGCGGCGGUGGCGGUCGGUGUGGUGCUGGAUGCGCCGCUGGAGGCGCUGGUGGCCGGCAUCGAGGCCGUCACCGUCAUCCCUGGCAGGGGUGAGGUCGUCAACGCCGACCCAGAUGACCCCGUCCUCAGGGCCGACUUCCCCGUCAUCGUCGACGCCGCCGACUCCCCCGCGCGCGUGGCCACCCUGCUCGACAGCAUUUUAGCGCGGGAGCGGAGGGCGCCGGCGGUGCGGCAGUGGAUUGCGCACCGCGCUCACGGGGAGGCGUCCGGCAGUGGCCGCAUCUUCACCGUUCUGGCCUGCGAUGGGGAGACCACCGAUAAGGCCAUGCGCACGCAGGUCUGUUGGUUGAGGGGGAAGGGCAAGGGCGGGCGCGCGUGCCCUCGGCUCGGCCGCCGCGCGCGGCGGGCCCCGCCACGGUCGUGA